CAGCGCGCUCCGCGCCGCCGCUGCGAUGGGCAACGCCGCCGCCGCCAAGAAGGGCAGCGAGCAGGAGAGCGUGAAAGAGUUCCUAGCCAAAGCCAAGGAAGAUUUUCUGAAAAAAUGGGAGAGUCCUGCUCAGAAUACAGCCCAGUUGGAUCAGUUUGAUCGAAUCAAGACCCUUGGUACUGGCUCCUUUGGGCGGGUGAUGCUUGUGAAACACAAGGAGACAGGGAACCACUAUGCCAUGAAGAUCCUGGAUAAACAGAAGGUGGUGAAGCUGAAACAGAUAGAGCACACCUUGAAUGAGAAACGCAUUCUACAAGCUGUCAAUUUCCCGUUCCUGGUCAGACUCGAGUUCUCCUUCAAGGACAACUCAAACUUGUACAUGGUCAUGGAGUAUGUGCCUGGCGGGGAGAUGUUCUCCCACCUACGGCGGAUCGGAAGGUUCAGCGAGCCCCAUGCCCGUUUCUAUGCGGCGCAGAUCGUCUUGACCUUUGAGUACCUGCACUCCCUGGACCUCAUCUACCGGGACCUGAAGCCCGAGAACCUGCUCAUCGACCAGCAGGGCUAUAUUCAGGUGACAGACUUCGGUUUUGCCAAGCGUGUGAAAGGCCGUACCUGGACCUUGUGUGGGACCCCUGAGUACUUGGCCCCUGAGAUUAUCCUGAGCAAAGGUUACAACAAGGCUGUGGACUGGUGGGCUCUCGGGGUCCUCAUCUACGAGAUGGCCGCUGGUUACCCGCCCUUCUUUGCCGACCAGCCCAUCCAGAUCUACGAGAAAAUCGUCUCUGGGAAGGUGCGGUUCCCUUCCCACUUCAGCUCGGAUUUGAAGGACCUGCUGCGGAACCUUCUGCAGGUGGAUCUCACCAAGCGUUUCGGGAACCUCAAGAAUGGGGUUAACGACAUAAAGAACCACAAGUGGUUUGCCACGACUGACUGGAUUGCCAUCUACCAGAGGAAGGUGGAAGCUCCCUUCAUACCAAAGUUUAAAGGCCCUGGGGACACGAGUAACUUUGAUGACUACGAGGAGGAAGAAAUCCGGGUGUCCAUCAAUGAGAAGUGUGGCAAGGAGUUUUCUGAGUUUUAGGGGUGUGCCUAUGUCCCCAUGGGUUUUCUUUCAUUUUUCUUCAUUUUUGGUGGGGGUGGGGGGGGAGGGUUGGAUUGAACAGCCAGAGGGCCCCAGAGUUCCAUGCAUCUGAUUUCACCCCCAUUCCACCCGCCCCCACCCCCAGGGUUAGGGACAGCAGGAAAGCCAGGUAUUCAGAGGGGUGGGAUACCAGCUGCUCCCCUCCCUUCACUUUCCUGCCCCUCUCGCCCACCCCAGCCCACUUCUCUGCCAGUUUUCAAUGAAUUUCUCAGCUCCAGUCAGACACAGUCUAGCUGUUGUAUCCAGGGACAGGAAUACACCCCAGACCCCAUCCCCACCCAGGCACCGGGGGCUAAGAACAAGCGAACAGAAAAGCCAACCUUCCCUCCCUCACACAGUCCUACCUGGGAAGGGAGAGAUUAGUGACGUGUACAGAGGGCUGCUUGCUAGAAUUUUAUUUUUUAAUCUUUAAGUUCCAUCAGUGCCUCCCGCCCUCCUGAUUCUGCCUCACUCCUCCCAGGUCCCCUCACCACGCCCCAAAAUCAUUCGGACGAGGCUGGGGGAGCCCACUGACUCUGUAAUGGAAGGAACUGGGAUUUGAACCUCACCCUGAGCUGCUAGCCUCCCGGCCCUCUUUGGAGGGGGCGGGGUAAAGGGGAGGCUAUGUCAAUCCUGCGCAACAGCCCCUUUAGGAAGCCCCUCUCCAUCCUGGGCGCCUUUCUUCUACCCUAGCUGUCCACCACCUCUUGCUUUGUAGCCCCACCACCCACUGCCCCCUCCCCCAAGUCUGAUUUGUGCUUUCUCUUAAUAGAAAGGUGGGGAGCUGCUGGGGACUCACCCUGUUCAUCCCCGUGUUUGUCCCUAUAGUAACUUCUCCCAAAACGGAGGAGCUCUCCGGCCUGGGAUGGGGCCCCGAGUGGGCGCAGGGGGCCAUUCAACCUGUGUGCUUCGAAGGACGAGACUUCCUCUUGAACAGUGUGCUGUUGUAAACAUAUUUGCAAACUAUUACCAAUAAAGUUUUGUUUAAAAAAAGUG